UUAAAUGACUAUUCCCGUAUGGCUAUAUACUUCCUUUUAUACGUUUUAGCAAAAAGUACUCCACAAAGCAAAUAUGUCAUUAUGCUCUUAAUAAUUUAGGGCAACAAUUAAACGUGUUAAACUUACAAUGUUUCACUGUUUAAAAGUAGUUGUCCAGUAAUGACGGAAUGAGUCCUAAACAUGGACAAAAUCUAAAUUGUGUGGAAACAUAGUUUUUAAAUGUGCAAAUAAAAUGUGUUUAUUAUUAUAAAUCAAAUAUCUGAAUAGAUAGCCAAAUACAAUGAAUAUUAGAGAUUAUGUUUUCAUAAAUCAACUAGUUCUUAAAUUUGUUGGACUUUAUCCAAUAAGUAUUGUGAGAUAUGUUAUAUGUAUUAGUUGUAUUAUGCUUAUUAUUAUACCACAAAUAACAAUGAUUUAUACAAAUUGGAAUGAUUUAAACAUUGUUAUGGAAAUAGGCUCAACUUUACUAACAAUUUCGCUUGCUAUGUUAAAAUCAGCAAUUUGGAUGUUCAAUAGAAAGAAUUUAGAGCUUUUUAUUGAAUUCAUGUUAACAGAUUACUGGAAAAUAAUUGAAGCUAAUGUUUUUGAAUACUUAAAAAAAUAUGCAUUAUAUGCUAAAACCAUUACCAAAGGAUAUCUCAUUUCUAUGUGUAACGCCUUAUUAUUUUUCUUUAGUUUACCUAUUAUCGAAAUAUUAAUUACAAAGCAUGAAGAUUCAGAUAAUUUUACUAUGAACUUUCCAUUUGCUGCAUCAUAUCCUGUGGCUUUUUAUAAAUUUCCCUUGUAUGAGAUUGCAUAUGCAUCUCAAAUAUUGGCAACAAGUAUUUGUUGUUUGGUCAUGCUUGCAACUGAUGGUCUAAUUGCAACUGCUCUACUUCAUACAUGCGGACAUUUUGCGGUACUUAGAAAAAAUGUGAAACAACUCGAUUCAUACAUCUAUCGUGUAUGUAUUGUAUUCUACUAUAUAUAUGUAUAUAAUUGUAAUGUUAUAUAUUUUAAAAUAAUCCAAUUAUUGCAGAUAACUCGUUUAAAGACUAAUUCAAAACACAUAAAUGCAAAUUUAUACGAAAUCAAAAUUCAAAUAAUACAUGUAAUCAAACAUCAUCAAGUAGUGCUUUGCAGGUUUUGCGACAAUAUGGAAAAAAAUUUCCAUCUAAUACUCUUUUUACAAGCAAUGAUCAGUAGUCUCCUAAUUUGUUUCGUCGGAUUUCAGGUUUCUGCAACGUUAAUGGAACAGUCUAAAAUGAUUAAGUUUGCUUCUCAUUUAAUCGUGGCAUUUUUUCAAUUAUUACUUUUCUGUUUUCCUGGAGACAUGUUAAUACAAGAGAGUUUCAGUAUAAGCACAGCUGUAUAUUCCAUACAAUGGUCUCAAUUAGCAACUUUUAUUAAAGAUGAAUUGUGUAUGAUCAUUGUGCGUUCUCAAAGACCUAGUUAUAUUACAGCAGGAAAAUUAUACAUAAUGCAUUUGGAAAAUUUUACAGCGGUAAAAGUUUCAUCACAUAUUUAUCUAAAAAAAUAUGUAAAAUUUUCGUUAGCAUAA